AUGAAGCUUCAGGGUGAGAUCAAUGGUAAAAAGGUUUUAAUACUUGUGGAUAGUGGUUCCACACAUAAUUUUGUGGUUGAUUCCAUUGUGGAGGAGCAUAAUAUACUAGUAGAAAUGGUUCCAACAUUGGGUGUGCAAAUAGGGAAUGGGGAUAUCAUAUGCUGCAAUAAAGUUUGUCGGAAUCUUCAAAUUCAAUUGUCGGGCUUUACUAUCACUCAAGAUUACUACCAUUUUACAAUUGGAGGGGCUGAUGUGGUUUUUGGUAUCAAAUGGUUGGUUUCUCUCAAUACGAUUCAAGCUAACUGGAAGGAUAUGUUUAUAAUUUUCAAUUGGCAAGGGAAGCGUUACAAAUUGCAAGACGUGAGAUCGAUAGAUUCAGCCACAGCUUCUCUCCAAUCUUUUAAUAUGGUAUCAGAAGUUCUAGAAUUUGGUUUCAUUCGCCCUAGUUCAAGUCCAUUUGCUAGUCCGAUUCUGCUAGUUAAAAAGAAAGAUAACUAUUGGCAGCUUUGUGUGGAUUACCGUAGCCUAAACAAAAUCACUGUCCCGGACAAAUAUCCAAUUCCAAAUAUCGAUGAGUUGUUAGAUGAAUUACAUGGGGCCAUAAUUUUUUCUAAAAUUGGUCUUCAUUUCGGAUACCAUCAAAUUCGUGUCCAGCCUGCUGAUGUCUAUAAAUCUGCCUUUCGCACUCAUUCAGGCCAUUAUGAGUUUCUUGUAAUGCCUUUUGGACUCACCAAUGCACUAUCCACAUUUCAAGAAUUGACCAAGAAAGAUGCUUUUACCUGGCAUGCAAAAGUAGAGCAGGUUUUCCAAAAUCUUAAGAGGAUCUUGACAUCAGUACAAGUGCUUUGUCUUCUAGAUUUCACUCAACAGUUUACAAUUGAGUGUGAUGCUUCAUCUAAUGGAGUUGGGGCUAUUUUACUGCAACAUUGUCAUCCAGUAGCCUAUUUCAGUAAGGGAUUUUCCUUUUCUAAUCGCAUUAAAUCUACUUAUGAUCGUGAAUUGUUGGCUUUGGUCCUUGCAUUGCAAGAAUGGAAGCAUUAUCUUUUGGGUCGGCAUUUUAUUGUCACUACUGACCAUUGUAGCCUAAAGUAUCUCUUGCAUCAGCGGGUGACUACUGUUGAACAACAACCCAGUGAAAGCAAAGGGGCUGAUGCCUUAUCUCGUCGCCCUCAACAUGCUGAUUUCUUAUCUUUGUUGUCUGCUAACCAUCUUUACUACAAAUCUCGGCUAGUUAUUCUUGAUUAUCCUGAACUCAGAGUCAAGAUUUUAGCAGAGUCACAUGAUUCUCCAACAGGAGGGCACGGAAGUUACUUGAAAACUCUCAAAAGGGUCUACGUAAAUUUUUUCUGGCCUUGUUUGAAACAUGAUGUUAAAUCCUUUGUCCAGAAUUGUUUGAUAUCCCAGCAACAUAAAUAUGAAACAUUAGCUCCAGCUGGUCUCUUACAACCUUUACCCAUUCCUAACAGAGUUUGGGAGGAUAUCUCCCUUGAUUUCAUUGUUGGGCUUCCUCCUUCUAAUGGCUUUGAUAUUAUUCUUGUGGUGGUUGACAGGUUUAGCAAAUACAACCAUUUUCUUGAUUUAUCUCAUCCAUUUACUGCUAAAACAGUGGUUGGGGUUUUCUGUAAGGAAAUUGUCAGGUUGCAUGGUUUACCGCGCUCCAUUCUUUCAGAUCGUGAUGUUGUCUUCACAAGUGCUUUUUGGUAG